AUGGUGACAGUUGCUCGCUCCGUUGCGCUCGGCGUGGCGGUUGCCGCAGCAGCUUCGACUGUGCUGGUCCAGGCGGCUCCGCUCGAGUUCAACCCGUACACGCCGGUUGAACUCAACGCGCCGCUGACAUCGUCGCACCCAGCGUACGGUGCCAAGACCAAGGGCAACUGCGUCAAACCCGUCAUCCCCGUCGACCCCAAUGCGGGGAACACGCAGUCUACUGCGGCCCGCAAGCUGCGUGACAUGGAGGCGUCUGGCACGGACAUGGACGACUUGGCCUCGUUCUUUGGUGAGAAGCUGGAGGUGGACUUCAAGACGCUCCAGAGUCAGUACGCGUACGCAUCGGCGUCACGCCCGCCGUGGCCUGGCAGCUACUGGCCCACGUUCCAGGACGGUAUCAACCAUGCGUGGAGGCACGGCGAGGCUUCAGCGUCGGAGAAAUACGCUAAAGCCUUCGAUUUGGACGCUACAGACCUCAAGAACAAGAUCUCCGCCAGCAACGGCGUCGACUCCUGCAACACCAACACGGCAUGCUCAAGUGACGGCGACUGUCCGUCAGGUGUCCCCUGCGCGAAGCGUGACGGCGCGUCCAGCGGCUACUGCAUCCCGACAUGGUACGGCAUCUGUCACGCGUGGGCCCCGGCCGCUCUUCUCGAGGAAGAGCCAAAGUGCAACGUGGAGAAGAACGGCGUGACGUUCCACGUCAUGGACAUUAAGGCCCUGCUGACGGAAGUUUACGACGGUGCCGACAUCGACACGGUGUUCACCGGCGCGCGCUUCAACGGACCUGACAGCCCUGCAACUGAAGACGAGUAUGGACGCUUCACCGACCCCACGCGCCGUGACAUCGGAGCUGGGUUCUUCCACAUCGCCAUCAGCAACAUCAUGGGCAAGCACCAGACCCCGUUCAUCAUCGACGUGGCGGCGGACUCCGAGGUCUGGAACCAGCCUGUGUGGUCGUACCAUGUGCAAACGAUGGAGAUCGUCGACACGGCCGAAGCCUGCAGCACAUACUUCGGCACGACUUCGUACCCGUUCAACACUGAGAUGGUGCAGCUGGCCCACGUCAAGACUACGGUCACGUGGGCAGUUGAAGCCUACGUCGACGGUCCGCUAGUGUCGACCGGCAAGGUGAAUUCGCACACGGUGUUCAACGACUACGAGUAUCUGCUCGAGCUGGAUGCCAACAACGCUAUCAUCGGUGGUGAGUGGGUGGGUGACUCCAAGGAAGACCACCCGGACUUCCUC